AUGUAUUACAUUGCCGCAUAUCUUUGCGACAUUACCAUCGCGCUCAUGAUGCUCCAGUAUAGCCUGAUCCUUGAUUUCGUCAGAAAAUUAUUUGAAAGCAUUAACAACGAACUCAACAAAAUAAUGUUAGCAAAGACAGUUGAAUGUGUCCUUGAUAAAUACAACAUGAAAAUGACUAAACUGUCUCGCGUGAGAUGUUUGCAUAUGUCGCUGUGCGAAGUGUGUGAAGAUAUUGAAGACUUUUAUUCAAAACCUAUACUAUUCUGCACUUUGUAUAUAUUUCUCACGCUUAUUUUGUUCGCUUACUAUGUAGCAAGAUCUCUAUUGUUCAAUAACGAAUCACUGCCGACGAGUAUUAUAAUUCACUGUAUAUUUCAUAUUAUCCAGGGAAUAACGAGUUUAUAUUUGCUCAUCAACUCUACUUGUGCAGUUGUUACAGAGAGCAAACGAACUGGUAAAGUUGUCAACAAGUUGAUUGGAAGUUUGAUAGAUGAUCAAAUUACAAACAAGCUAAAUCAAUUUUCUGAAUAUCUACUUCAUCAGAACCUUGAAUUCUCUGCUGCUGGACUAUUUCUACUUGAUGGAAGCUUAAUUAUGUCGAAUCACGAAACUGGAGAAAUAAUAAAUAAACUGAACUUAAACUUUAUAAGUCAAGAAGGCGUUAAUAAGAUUGGAGAAUCAAUAGUUACUUAUUUGGUAAUAUUAUUGCAAUUUCAUGGAAAUGAUCAAGUACCUCAACAUUGA